UUUCAGUAUUUCUUGUGAUCACGUUUUUUGUGUUCUUUCUUCUGCUUUCAGUUCAACACAACAACAACUAAAUGAGUUGACUUCCUAAAGUUUAUCCACUCAAUUACAAACCUUUUUUCUUCAAAUCGUUCUGUUUUCUUCAAAUCGUUCAAACAGUUAUUUUUAUUUCAUGGCUUCUCCUUCUUCUUUCUCACCUCCUAGUAAUUGGGUAUACGAUGUUUUCCCGAGCUUCAGCGGGGAAGACGUCCGCGUAACAUUCCUCAGCCACUUUCUAAAGGAGCUUGACCGGAAGUUGAUCAUAGCUUUCAAAGACAAUGAGAUCGAGAGAAGCCAUUCGCUCGGUCCAGAGCUUAAGCAAGCAAUCAGGACUUCAAGGAUCGCUGUCGUUAUCUUUUCUGAAAAGUACCCAUCUUCCAGCUGGUGCCUGGAUGAGUUGCUGGAUAUAGUAAAAUGCAAAGACGAAUCAGGUCAAAUAAUUAUCCCAAUUUUCUAUGGUUUAGAUCCAUCUCAUGUUAGGAAACAAACUGGAAAAUUUGGGGAGGCAUUUGCCAAGACUUGUCAGACAAAAACUGAGGAUGAAACAAAGUUGUGGCGGCAAUCGUUGACCGAUGUAGCAAAUGUCCUCGGAUAUCAUUCUCAGAACUGUCCCCAAGAAGCAAAAAUGAUUGAAGCAAUUGCUAAUGAUGUCUUGGGUAAACUGAAUCUAGCUCAGUCAAAGGACUUUGAGGACUUUGUUGGAAUGGAAGAUCAUAUUGCAAAUAUGAGUGUCUUAUUGCAAUUAGAAUCUCAGGAAGUGAGGAUGGUUGGGAUAUGGGGCUCUUCAGGAAUUGGUAAGACUACCAUUGCAAGAGUUUUACAUAGUCAACUCUCUCGCCAGUUCCAAGGUAGUGUUUUCAUAGACAGAGCUUUCGUAUAUAAGACUAUGGAGAUUUAUAAUAGUGCCAACCCGGACGAUUAUAACAUGAAGUUGCAUUUGCUAAGAAGUUUCUUGUCUGAACUUUUAGACAAAAAAGACAUAAGGAUAGAUAGUUUAAAUGCAGUUCAAGAGAGGCUAAAAUACCAGAAAGUUCUUAUAUUUAUUGAUGAUUUGGAUGAUCAAAUGGUGCUGGAUACCUUGGCUGGUCAAACUCAUUGGUUUGGAUCCGGGAGCAGAAUCAUUGUGAUUACAAAAGAUAGGCAUUUCUUAAAGGCUCAUGGGAUUGAUCAUAUAUAUGAGGUGUGCCUCCCGUCUACAGACCUUGCUCUUGAGAUGUUUUGUAGAUCUGCUUUCAGGCAAAAUUCUCCACCUGCUGGUUUGGUGGAGCUUGCUUCCGAAAUUGCAUUGUGUGCCGGUAGUCUUCCUUUGGGUCUUAAGGUUUUGGGUGCAUACUUACGAGGUAGGGACAAAGAGGAUUGGAUAGAUAUGAUUCCUAGCCUUCGUAGUAGGCUGAAUGGAAAAAUUGAGAGGACACUAAUAGUCAGCUAUGAAGGGUUAAACAACAAGAAAGAUAAAGCAAUAUUUCGUCACAUUUCAUGUAUUUUCAAUGGUGAACAAGUUGAUCACAUCAAGAUGCUACUAAAAGAUAGUGACUUGGACUUUAAUAUUGGGUUUAAAAACCUUGUUGAUAAGUCUCUUGUACAUGUAAGACGGGAUAGUGUUGAGAUGCACUGUUUGCUACAAGAUAUGGGUAAGGAGAUUGUACGUGCACAGUCUGAUGAGCCUGGAGAACGAGAAUUCCUUAUGGAUUCGAAAGAAAUUUGUGAUAUACUUGAAGAUAACACUGGUACUAAAAAGGUUUUAGGUAUAUCAUUGGAUAUGGAUGAAACUGAUGAACUGCAUAUACAUAAGAAUGCUUUCAGAGGGAUGCAUAAUCUAUUCUUUCUAAAGAUUUAUAACGCUAAGAGAUGGGACAAGAAGAUGAGAUGGUGCUUACCGAAAGGUUUCGACUAUCUGCCCCCUAAACUUAGAUUAUUGAGGUUGGACGGAUAUCCAAUGAAAUAUAUGCCUUCAAAUUUUCGUCCUGAAAACCUUGUUGAGCUUCAAAUGUCAGAGAGCAAACUCCAAAAGUUGUGGGAAGGAGUUCAUUCACUGGCAGGGCUUAGGGUAAUGGAUUUGGAAGGAUCUAAAAAUCUGGAAGAAGUACCAGAUCUUUCUAUGGCCACUAAUCUCCAAAUACUUUUUCUUGAUUAUUGCUCGAGUUUGGUGGAGCUUACUUCCUCUAUUCAGCAUCUCAAUAAACUUAAGGAGCUGAGUAUGUCAUUCUGUGAAAAUUUGGAGACUCUUCCCACAGGAAUAUACCUCCAAUCUCUUGAUAAGCUUUUCCUUGACGGAUGCUCGAAGCUGAAGAUUCUUCCUGAUAUUUCGACCAACAUCUCAACGCUUAUUCUAGACGAAACAGCGAUUGACGAGUUCCAUUUUAUCUUUCGUCUUAAGAAACCCAUAAUUCUUGGUUUCCGCAAAACGAAGAUUGAUAAAUUGUGGGCAAUAGAAAAGCCGCUUACAUCACUCAUGACCAAGCUGUCUCAAACAUUAAAGAGAUUGUUUCUCUCGGAUAUCCCAAGUUUGGUGGAACUUCCGUCUUCUAUCCAGAAUUUCCACAGUCUUGAUUGUCUGGGUAUUACAGAAUGCAUAAAUCUGGAGACUCUUCCCGCUGGCAUCAACCUUCAAUAUCUCUAUGACCUUGACCUCAAGGGAUGCUCACGUUUGAGGACUUUUCCUGAUAUCUCUACCAAUGUCAGAUAUCUCCUUCUAGACAGAACAGGGAUUGUAGAGGUUCCUUGGUGGAUAAAGAACUUCUCGAAGCUUGGUUACCUAGGUAUGGAGAGCUGCAGCAACUUAGAACGUGUAUCCUUAAACAUUUAUAAACUGAAAAAACUUAAGACGGUUCAGUUUUCAUACUGCCGGGCAUUGACCGGAGCGAGCUGGACUGAUGGUCCAAGUGAGGUGGAAAUGGCUACAGAAAAUAUUCACUCUAAGUUAACAGUCUUUCACGAGACUUCAUCUUCUCUUCCACAUAAUCUUUCCUCAGAAGUCAGUACGCAUUUCAUCUGCCUCAACUUGGAACCAGAAGUUCUCCUUCACCAACGUCCAUUUAUUUUUAAGAAAUUGGUCUUGUCAGGUGAAGAAGUGCCGUCAUAUUUCACACACCGUACAACUGGAACCUCCACCUUAACCGUCCCUCUACCUCCUAGUUCUCUCUCGCAACCAUUUCUACGAUUCAGGGCUUGCGCGGUGGGUAACGUCGACUAUGAGCACACAGAUCGUAGUAAUGCAGUAUAUAUUCGUGUCAACUGUCGGUUCAGAGGCAUAUUUGGGGACAGCUUUGAUUCUUUUGGCCAGCUACAAAAGUUUUGGACAGAUAAGAAGGAUAGUCAUCUGUUUAUAUUGGAGUGUCGUUUCCCUCUAAACAAAGACAGUGCUCCUAUAGCUCAAAUGAACUACGAUCACGUGGAAAUACAACUUCUUGGAAGUAACAGAAUGGACUCUACAUUGGAUCAUGAUAAAGUGGAUCAUGUGAAAAUUAUCAGUGAGUCCUCCAAGUUCAACUUAAAAGGAUGGGGUAUACGCCUCGCAGAAGACUGCUUAAUACCGAAGAACCAAUUUGGUAAUCCUUAUACUCUUCCAAGAGUUUGUGAAGACAAUAUAGUUUUUCAUGAGACUAAACAAGAGUGUGGAGACAGUUGUGAAGAGACAAAGAAUGACAAUAAGCGAAUGCGGAUUGCAUGAAGGACCACUCAAGAAACCUCUGAGGAACACACGACGCCUGUGUGUAACAGUUAUUCUUGUAUUAACGAGAAUAUCAAAAUCAUGAAUGGUUUCAUCCGUGGAAUAUCAUUGCAUUGAGAACAACAUUUCGUAUUUCUCAAGUUGGGUUGGACCGGAUGGGUUAGGAUUGGGCUGGUUGGAUCAUUAUAAAUAAAUGAUUAAGUGAAGGACAUGAGAAUCUUUGACCACGUUUUGUAUUUAAGAAAAAAUAAAAUAGUUUUUAUUAUGAGGAGAAAGCAUAAUUUUUCAA